AUGGAUGAGAAUUCCUUCUUAGAGCCCAAGAAGGUGGUGCCACAAACAAGUUCACUAGAGAAGGCUGACAAUUUUCUUUGGAUCUACCUCGUUAUAGGGGCUUGUUUUGCUUUUCAAGGUUGCGCUUAUGCCAACAAGACUUCAACUCUGGUUGUAGAUGCUACUGAUUUAUCUGGAAGGCCAAUUCCCGACACUCUUUUCGGAAUUUUUUUUGAGGAGAUCAAUCAUGCUGGUGCUGGUGGAUUGUGGGCAGAGCUUGUGAAUAACAGAGGUUUUGAAGCUGGGGGCAGACAAGUUCCAUCAAAUAUUUCACCCUGGACCAUAGUUGGGAAAGAACCAGCUAUUUUCCUACAAACUGAACUUAAUUCUUGCUUUGAAGACAACAAGGUUGCAUUAAAAAUGGAUGUGCUGUGUGACGAUUGCUAUUCUGAUGGUGUUGGAGUCUCUAACCCGGGUUUUUGGGGCAUGAAUAUUGUGAAAGGGAAGAAAUAUAAAGUUGUGUUCUUUGUUAAAUCAAAAGGAUCACUACAUAUGACAGUAUCGUUCAGAAAAACUGAAGGUGGAAGGGUAUUGGCUUCAAGCAAUGUCAAGUCUUCUGCAUCAGAAGUUUCCAAAUGGAAAAGGAUGGAGACUACAUUAGAAGCUCAUGCAUCAUGUUCGAAAUCCAGUUUGUAUCUGACAACAACAAAAAAAGGGGUGAUAUGGUUGGACCAAGUGUCUGCUAUGCCUGUGGACACAUAUAAGAGACCUGGCCACUUUGGUGAUGUUUGGAGUUAUUGGACAGAUGAUGGAUUUGGUUAUUUUGAGGGUCUUCAACUAGCAGAGGACAUUGGUGCAAGGCCAUUGUGGGUAUUUAACAGUGGCAUCAGCCAUACUGAUGAAAUUGACACACAUGUCAUCUCACCUUUUGUGCAAGAAGCCCUUGAUGGUAUUGAGUUUGCCAGAGGAGCAGCUACGUCAAAAUGGGGUUCCCUUAGAGCAUCUAUGGGGCACCUAAAGCCUUUUGAUCUAAAAUAUGUUGCUGUUGGAAAUGAAGAUUUUUCACUUCAGACUUAUCCUACGGAACAUGAGAUUAUGUUUAAUAAUGCUCAUGUGUUUGAUAAGACACCACGAAAUGGUCCAAAGGCUUUUGUGAGUGAGUAUGCUCUAACUGGAAAGAAACAGGCUAAGCAUGGAACCCUUUUGGGAGGUGUGUCCGAAGCUGGAUUCCUUAUUGGAUUAGAAAGAAACAGUGAUCAUGUGAUAAUGGCUAGCUAUGCACCACUUUUUGUAAAUGCAAAUGACAGGAAGUGGAACCCAGAUGCCAUUAUUUUUAAUUCCAAUCAGGUUUAUGGAACUCCUAGCUAUUGGGUGCAGUUUAUGUUCAGAGAGUCAAAUGGAGCAACAUUUCUCAAGUCACAACUUCAAACACCUCACCCUAAUUCAGUUGCUGCAUCUGCAAUUCUUUGGAAAAAUUCCCAUGACAAAAGAACUUAUUUGAAAAUAAAGGUUGCAAACGUGGGGAAGAACCAAAUAAAUCUGAAGAUUUAUGUAAAGGGAAUUCAGAGUUCAAAUGCAACCAAGGCAACAAAGACAGUGCUCACAUCUGCAAAUGCUUUGGAUGAGAAUAGCUUUGCAGACCCAAAAAAGUCCUCUUCUCGAUGUGACGUCGUUUCACGUCUCACCUUCCCCAGAAUCACCACCACUACCAUCCCCACUCGCUGA